GCCAAUUGAUAGAAAAGUUCUCUGGAUAGUAAAUUUUUGACAGCUAUGAGGUGAAUAAAAAUGUUUGAUACGGCAGGGCUAGUGAAAAAUUUGACAGCAAGCAUUAUCAAGAAGAAGAACGAACAACGCACGUAUACACAUAAAUUAAAGAAAACAAAAGCGAGUGGAAGUAAAAGAAAAUGGUCCCGCCGGCAAAAAAAAUAAAGAAAAGCUAUAUAACUUGGAGCAGUUCAGAACGCAGAAUCCUUCUGGAAAGGCGAAUUGACAAGGAUGUUUGGUUCAGCUCAAAGAACGCCAACAGCAACGAAGGCUGGAAGUGAAAAAAUCGCGAAUGAGCUGAAGGAUCGCCUGGACGGUAAAAGUGCUGAAGCAUGUAAAGCACAAUGGAAUGCGUUGAUGAAAAAAUAUAAAAGCUUUUUCAAAUACCGCUCGGGCGAUGGAACAGGUGAAGAGGCGACUGCUGAAGAGGCGAAAGAUUGGGAGUUUUUUGACUGCAUCCACUCAUAUGCCUCAAAGAAAGAUAAUUUUCACCCUCCAUUUUUAAUUGAUAGCGGCGAUGGUGAGGUGUCGAUGCAGCCAAGGAGAGAGGAAAACGCCACAUUUGUCUCGGCACUGCAGCCGGUUGAGUCCUUGACAAAUUCGCAGUCGACGUCUAGCGAAGAGUCGAGACAGAGUCCGCUGCCAUCAACAUCCCGGCGCUCUGCAGCACAAAAUGGCGUUAAGCAAUUAGAACGCCACAUUUAUAAAAGGGAUAAAAAAAUAAAUAAAAAAAUAUCAACGCUUUUGGCUGUAUUUGGGCAAAUGGUGCAGACGGACUAUCCGCACAUCGACGCAUCAGCGCUGCUCUUGACCUCAGACUCGGAUUCUGAGUAGUCCGUGCCAUUAAGAAAUAUUUUUAACUGA